AUGAUGGACAAGAUCCUCGUAGCUAUCGCAGGUAGCUAUGGUGCUGGCGUAUACGAGACGGGCUUGAAGAUCAAAGACGAAUUGGGCCAUCGUUUUCCACACGAGAUCACAGUCAUCGACCUUGAUUCUAUGGUGAAAACUAGCUCCAAGAAAUAUACCGACGAAGAUUACGAUUUUGAAAAGGUCCAGCAUGUUCUGCAGCGCUCUCGCGCGGAGCUCGAGAUCAUUAUUUUGUGUGGGUGUUAUGCCCUCUGCAACAAGAGGUUAAACGCAUUAUCGAACCUCAAGGUGUUUCUGGACACCGAAGGUGACCGUCGCCUAAUCAACCUGAUUCAUAAAAAUAACGUUCAGACGAGCGAGGAACUACGGUCGACAAUAUCUCAUUAUAUGGACUGCCUGCGGCCGGAGUAUGAUAGUUACAUUGCUCCAUCGCGGUCACUAGCAGACAUUAUCAUUCCCGCCACUCAUGAGGCUACCGGUACCGCAAUAAUUAUUGAUGGCAUUGUCAAGAUUGUCGAAGAGCUGCAGGGCCGUAUUCCAGAUGGUCAGAAACUUUCACCACACUUGGAUUUUCAAGUCGAAGAUAUGAACGUGGAGAAGGACCGCUACUACGACCUGAGCUAG